CUUAGCCGUGAUGUUAACGCAUCUACCAAAAACUAGUUUCGAAGUCUACACCCGUUUGACUGGACAUGUUUGACUGGUGUUAGAGUGAUCCGUAUAAAGCUUUGAAGUCUGGCUUUUAACGAUCUCAGUCAGUUAUGAAUACGAGUGCGUAACAGAUAGAUGUAGACCAUUGAGCUGUGAUCGUGAUCUUUUCUGUGGUGAUCUUUAUAACACUCGCUCGGUUAAAGUGGAUGAAAUACAAAAUUUAAUUGGUUAACAAUGGAAAAUGUAAACAGUGAAUAGCUUAGCUACAACUGCAACAUUGUAGCAUUGCGCAUGCGCCAUACAUUCUAGAAACGUUUAAGCUGUGAUCGUGUUUUGUGAAAAAGAAAAAAUGAGAGUAACAUUCCAAAUACAUAGAUGGAAAAUGGUAGAUGUUCAACUAGUUCUAUUCAUCGUGAUAUUGACUACCGGCACAGUAACAGGACGAACAUCGGAUAAAUUAAAAGUUACUCUACCUCACGGUGGUACACUGACUGGUAGAUAUUUAACCACGUUUACCGGUCAAGGCAUUCUCGCUUUUCUUGGAGUACCAUUUGCAAAACCACCCGUCAAUGAGCUGAGGUUUAAGGCUCCCGUACCUUUUGGACCAUGGAUCGGUGAUCGACUAGCCACUACUGAUGCCCCGUUAUGUACCCAGCGUGAUCCAUACAGGCGUGAUGUAUCCAUUUCCGGUGUGGAAGAUUGCUUACAGCUAAACGUAUAUGUGCCUGAUCGGCCACGAUCACCAUUGUUAAGAUCAAAUGCAACGAAUCCCGUUCCGUUCCCAGUGAUGGUGUUCUUUCACGGUGGUGGUUGGCAAUGUGGCUCCGGUACUCGCUCUUUCUAUGGGCCUGAUUUCUUACUUGAGCAUGACGUCAUCUAUAUUGGGGCAAACUUCCGACUGGGACCGCUUGGUUUUCUCAGCACCGAGCAAGCGGACUGUCCGGGAAACAAUGGACUAAAGGAUCAAAACUUGGUGCUCCGAUGGAUUCAAGAGAAUGUAGCAUCUUUCGGUGGUGAUCCGAACUCCGUUACUGUGUUUGGUGAAAGUGCCGGUGGAGCAAGUGGAACGUAUCACAUGAUGUCGCCACUUUCGCAAGGCCUGUUUCAACGAGUUAUCUCACAAUCCGGUGUAAACUUAGAUGCUUGGGCUCAACCAGCACAUCCAGGUGUUGCACGGGCACGAUCGAUUGAGUUAGGAAAAAUGUUGAACUGCCCCCAAGGUGUUGAUGGACGUUUCAAUGAAAUGCUGGACUGCCUACGGCGUGCUUCUGGAGAAGAUAUUACCAGGAAGUUUUAUGACUUUUUUGUUUGGGAUACCGAUCCAAUGAUCCCAUUUCCACCCGUUGUAGAACCCGACUUGCCGGGAGCAUUCAUAACGAAACAUCCAAGAGAUGAGUAUGAACCACAUGCGAUCGGCAUUCCAUGGAUGACGGGACUAACACUGGACGAGGGAGCUUUGAAAAGUGCUUCUUUAAUAAAUAUUCCGAAACUUCGACAGAGUUUGAAUGACCAUUGGGAACAAGCGCUACCAGUUUCGUUGUACUACGAUCACCAUGAACCUGAAAGGCAGCGCCAAAUCACACAGGAUAUAAACAGUUUUUACUUCAAAAAUCAAAAGCUAGUUGAAGAAACUGAGAAAAAUUUAACAAAUCUUUAUUCGGAUGCUUGGUUUUUAGCUGGCAUGGACGAAUAUCUGCGCAUACGUUUACUUGGACAUGACCAACGUUCAUCGACAUCAAAAGUAGGACCAACGUUUGUGUACCUUUUCGCACAAAAAGCUUCCUCCAGCUUUACAGAAAUAUUUGAAGGAGGAAAAGAAAAAUAUUACGGUGUUUGCCAUGCGGAGGAACUUCAGUACAUGUUUCCCAUUGGAAAAGAACUUCCAAAUUUCCAUACGGCCAUCCCCACCGAUGAGGAGCUCGAGAUACGACGCAUUAUUACAAAGCUAUGGGUUAAUUUUGCUCGUACCGGUAAUCCAACGCCCGAUGAGGAAGCAGCUAGCGAUACGCCGCAGUGGCCUGCAGUCGAACAGUUUCCAUUGCAGUAUCUACGCAUUGGUAGCUUGGACUCUUCCCAGGAACCGAUUAUUGCGCUGGAAACGGGAUUGUUUGAGGAGCGUGCUGCAUUUUGGCGUAAACUAAGAGCACAUCAUCUGGCUGGAGAAGUUAACCCGAAAGUUGAGCCACGAAAUGAACUUUGAACAGAUAAAACUGUGCAACUGUGGGAGAGAUUAAAACAAAACAAAACAUUAUACAUGAAUGUAAAACAAGUAAAGGAUGAAAAAUUUGAAGCAAAUUUAUGCAUUUUCAUAGCAAAAAAAAACAUUAACUCAAUAGUAAAUAAAAAACACAAAAAAGCUCUCUUAUUUUACUAAAAAUAUAAAAAGGAAACAAGCAAAAAGGAUGUAAAUACUGAACGGAUGGUUCUAAUAAAACUCAAACACAUUCCAUGAC